UGCAGUGAGCUUACUGAAGUCUGCAACACGAGGCAGAGCCACGCACGCAACGAAACCCGAAGCCGUUGCUUCGCGGCUCUCGCAACCCUCACUCUCCUCGCCUUCCCUUCCACGGACAUGGCCGCCGCUCCCCUCUCCCCUCCUCCUCCCCUCCACGCGCGCCUCCUCCUCCUCCCGCCUCUCCUCCCGACGAUGGCCGGGGGCUCCCGCGGACGGCGGCGGGGGCGGGGGCGCCGCCGGUUCGCGGUCCCGCCGUCGCGGAACGGGAGCUCGUCGCAGGGGACGGAGUGGUGCCCCGUGCCGCCGGAGCAGCUGCCGGUGAACGAGUACGAGUCGCUGGCGGCGUCGCUGCCCUUCUCGUGGGCGGCGGGGGACCUCACGGUCUACUGCUCCCGCCUCGCGCUCACCGGCGCCGCCUUCGCGCUCUUCGUCGGCCUCCCCGUCGCGUCGUUCGGCGGCCGCGGAGGGGCCGGCGGCGACGCCGUGCACCUCGCGCUCGGGGCCACCGGGUCCGGGAUACUGGCCGUCACGCUCGCCGUGGUGCGGAUGUACCUCGGGUGGGCGUACGUCGGCAACCGCCUCCUCAGCGCCACCGUGGAGUAUGAGGAAACGGGAUGGUACGACGGGCAGAUAUGGGUUAAAACCCCAGAAGUUUUGGCUCGUGAUCGGCUUCUAGGUUCAUUUUCUGUCAAGCCUGUGCUGAACAGAGUGAAAUUUACCUUGGUGGGGCUGGCAGUGUCCCUGAUUCUUUGCAUUCUUCUCUACGCCAACACCGAAAACCCAAAGGAUCCUUUUGAAAACACUGUCGGGCGUGCUAUCCCUGGAGUGUACGAUGAUACUUCUGCAAGGUCAUUCGAGCCUGAUGCGUUCUGUGGAGAACCUGAUCUCGGUGAUCUGUCAUAACUGUAAAGAUCGUGGAUGAUACCUACUCGUUGUAAUCUGUGACAUGGGCCACAUGGUGUUUCUCUUCCUUAGCAUAGCUCGAACGGAGGAGAUAGCAUACAUAUAACAAACACCAUAGGUAUAAGGUAUUCCAUGGGAAGGUGACAAGAUGUCUCCGUCCUAGAAUUGCUGAAUUUUGUGAUGCUUCAUAAAGAAUGUAAAUAUUUAACCACAUAAUAUACCCCCAUAGUUAUAGCUCAUAGUACAAAAGUUUUUGUAAAUUGGGGGAAACACGGGUGGUGUGGUGGUGGAGUCGUGGAUGCAUGACUCCACUUAUCAAGUUUAAAUCUUGAUGCCCACAAAUAUUACACA